GAAAGGAGCUGCCCGUAUAACCGGACGAAGUUGCCAUUGAUCCACCGGUUCAACUGGGACUUGACCCAGAGCUUUGUAUCCACCAUGUUGAGCUCAUUGCAACCUUCCAUCGGUGAUUGCUCAAUGGAGCUUCGAGUUCUCCACCAUGAAUUUAUGGUGACAUCAUGAAGAAUGUCUUCCCCUUAGUUGUCCUACGUUAUAAAUUCGGUUUCCUGGGGACCUCGCAGACGAAGGAAGACACUAUCUGAUUCCUGCAAGGUAAAUCAAGUCUAAUAUUAUCUACACCAAUUAAAACCAGACAUUCAUCAUGGGCUACGACUUUACCGUCUUCAAAGGAUCCAAAGACGGAUCCAUACAGAAAGCGACCACCCAUCGCGACGACCUCCAACGCGACCAAGUCCUCGUCCGUCUUACCCACUCCGGCGUCUGCUUUACCGAUGUCCACUAUCAGCAUGCAGACAUGGCCCUAGGCCACGAAGGCGUCGGCGUCAUCGAAGAAAUCGGCCCUGAAGUCCAUGGACUGCGCAAAGGCGAUCGCGUCGGCUGGGGCUACCAACACGACUGCUGCGGUCGAUGCGCCCAGUGUCUAACGGGCUGGGAGACAAUGUGCCCGGAGCGCCAGAUGUACGGAAGUGCCAAUCUCGACCAGGGAUCAUUUGCCACGCAUGCGGUGUGGCGCGAGCCGUUCUUGUUCAAGAUUCCCGAGGGAGUUAGCAAUGAGGACGGUGCGCCGCUAAUGUGUGGUGGCUCGACGGUGUGGAAUGCGCUGCAUGUUGGUGGUGUUAAGCCGACGUCGAGAGUGGGCAUUGUUGGAAUUGGAGGACUGGGACACUUGGCUAUUCAGUUUGCGGCGAAGAUGGGCUGCGAUGUGGUUGUCUUCUCGGGAAGUGAUAAUAAGAGAGAGGAGGCGCUGCAGCUCGGUGCGAAGGAAUUUUAUGCCACCAAGGGCGUGACGGAGCUUAAGAUUGGCAAACCGUUGAACAAUCUGAUCGUGAGCACGAGUAGCCAGCCGGACUGGAAACUCUAUGUUAAUGUCCUUGCUCCGGGUGCCGUUAUCUCGCCGUUGUCGGUGGAUAAUGAGGACUUCAAGUUCCCGUAUAUGGCCCUUUUGGCGAAUGGGUUGCGUGUACAGGGCUCGAUUGUUGCCGCGAGGCAGGUACAUCGGGACAUGCUUGAUUUUGCUGCGCUGCAUGGUAUCAAGCCUAUCUUGAUGAAGUAUCCUCUCAGUGUGGAUGGUGUGAACGAUGCCAUGAAGACACUGGAGGAUGGGAAGAUGAGAUACCGUGGCGUUCUGGUUGUGGAGUAGAUGCAAACUGAAGAGGGUGUUGGUGUUGGC